CACUGUACUAUGACACAUAACCUCGUAUUUUGAAGCAGAUAACCCAAUUUCCACUUUAAAACAAUAAUUUCUCAACUCCUUGCCCCAUUAAACUAAAAAUCAAAGAAUGGCUGGUUCGAGACUAGAGAAAAUUGGAACAAUCUUCUCGCGAACAACGGGGCUGAUCCAGUCGAAAGCCCUAAACUGGAAUGACCGCCCGAUUUGGUACGAUAUAUAUGCGAAAUUCCCCCCAAAAGAUGAGCCCCGAUUUGAUAGACCUGUUGCCAAUAUACAAUUGAGAAAUAUAUUCUAUCCUGAAGACAAAAUCCGGGCUAUUUUUCACCGAAACAACAAACAAAUCGGUUUGGUGUCGUUGGAAAACAGAUCUCCAACGUUAACGCAAAAAUUCAUUGAAAUCUACACGAAAGUGAAGGAACAGUACGGAGAUGAAUCUGUAUCAGAAGAACAGCUAUAUAAAGAGGCUAUAGAUAUUAUUAACAGAGACAGGUACAAUAAGGCAGUGGAAGAACCGGAAGAAGGCGAAGCCGUGAAACUCAGUCUGGCUUUUAAAGAGGCCCAGAAUAAGCAAAAACCCACAGGAAUUAGCGUGAAAGACUUGUUUCAAGAGUAAUUAGCCAAGUUGCUUGUGGUAGUGUUCAGGUAAAUAACAGACAAAAACUAUGCGUAAUACGUAAAUGUAGGGCAUAAGGGUGUUUGCAGUAGAAAUACACGCAAAAGCUUUGCCUGGGAAAUCUACAUGGUUUCAGCAAUGUAUUUGUUUGUUAACUUGUAAACAAAAACCAGUGAAAGUCAAAUACAGUAUAUGAAUAGCAA